CAUGAGUUCGCUGCGCACCCCCAAUCAGGGCACGAAUCAAGGCACUACUCGGCCUUUGGGCCGAGUUGGAGAAGAUCAUCUAACAGCUUACUCCAGCACACAGACGGUGCAGCGAUUCAACUUCCCAUCGCCCUCAGCGGAAGCAGGACUUGAUGGCUGCGCAUGCUCCUCUGCUCGUCGUCCUCCUCGGCCUGACAUUGCCACUGCUCUUCUUCCCCGGUGCAGAAGCGGGCGAGGUGGGCGUGUGCUGGGGGACUGUGGCGGACAACCUGCCGAGCCCAGCGGCGGUGGUGCAGCUGCUGAAGCGGCAAAGCAUCACGAUGGUGAGGAUCUACGACACCGACCGUGGGGUGAUCAGAGCUCUGGCCAACACCGGCAUCAAGCUCAUGGUGUCGCUGCCCAACGAGCAGCUGGCCUCCGCGGCCUCCAGCCCGCCGUUCGCGCGCCAGUGGGUGCAGGACAACGUGGCGGCGUUCUACCCCACCACGCGGAUCAACGGCGUCGCCGUGGGGAACGAGGUGUUCGACAUGGCCAAGGGCCUGACCCAGCAGCUCGUCCCGGCCAUGAGGAACGUGCAGGCGGCGCUGGCUGGCCUGGGCCUCGACGGCGCCAUCAAGGUGUCCACGCCGGUGGCGUUCACCGCGCUCAAGAAGUCGUGGCCGCCGUCGGAGGGCGCGUUCCAGGACGACAUCGCGCAGUCCGUGAUGAGGCCCAUGGUCGCCUUCUUGAGGCAGACGGGCUCACCCUUCAUGAUCAACGUCUACCCAUUCAGGGCCUACUUGGACGACCCACAGCACAUCAGCGUCGCGUACUGGACGUUCCAGCCCAACGACGGCGUGGUCGACCCCGACACCGGCCGCAGGUACUACAACCUCUACGACGCCCAGAUGGAUGCCGUCCGCUACGCGAUACGGAGCGUGUCGCCUGGUAGCGUCAGGGCCUCGGUGACGACCCAAGACGCAGGUGGGAACGACGACGACAUACUGCUGACCAGUUCAGAAAUCGGGUGCUCCGAUUGGAAGAUCCCAAAGAAACAUUGCAAAAACUUCGCCAACGGGCUCAUCGCGCACACGCUAGGCGCCAGCUCCGCUCGUGCCAAGCACACCAGCGGCCUCCUCGACAGCGUCGGCGCCGGCGCCGGCGCCACCUCCGCGUACAUAUUUGCUCUCUUCAACGAGGACAAGAAGAGCGACGACUCGGAGCGCAACUUCGGGCUGUUCUACCCCGACAUGCAGCCGGUGUACGACGUCGACUUCGUCCACGGCAGCGGCCCCGUGACCCCGGCGCCGGCGCCGGCGAGCAGCUGGUGCGUGGCGAACGCGGGGGUCGGGGACGCGCGAAUGCAGGCGGCGCUGGACUACGCGUGCGGCCACGGCGCGGACUGCGGCGCCAUCCAGCCCGGCGCGCGGUGCUUCAGCCCGGACACCAAGGUCGCGCACGCCACCUACGCCAUGAACGACUACUACCAGCGCCAUGGGCGAGCAAGCCAGGCUUGCGACUUCAACGGCGCCGGCUCCAUUGUCUACCAGCAGCCAAGCAUAUGCGACCCGAGCCAGGCGGCGAGCUGGUGCGUGGCGAGAGCGGAGGUCGGCGACGCGCGGCUGCAGGCGGCGCUGGACUGGGCGUGCGGACACGGCGCGGACUGCAGCGCCAUCCAGCGCGGCGGCCGGUGCUUCGAUCCGGAUACCAAGGUGGCGCACGCGUCCUACGCGUUCAACGACUACUACCAGCGCAACGGGCGAGCCAGCAGCGCCUGCGACUUCGCCGGCGCCGGCUCCAUCGUCUACCAGGCACCUAAGAUAGGCAACUGCCAGCUUCGGUCUAAGGCAUGAUCUCGAGGAAAGGUAGCGGACAGUGAAGACUAUGCUACUCGCAGCUUGCUAGAUGAGAAUACGAGAAGUAUGGGAAAAAAUAAACAGCUUUAUUAUUGUCUGACAAUAAGAAGUACAACUUCUAUCCUUUACCACUGAAUGAGGGAAAAAAGUUGUAAUAAUAAUUAUCAGAGCUCCUAAGCAAAUACUAGACGCAAGUCGUCAAGUGAGUGUAUCGAAAAAUAAGGCUCUUUGGAUAAGGUUCCAGUGUCUGUCAGAAUAAUAACCCAUGUGCUACUGAAAUAGCUGUUCAAAUUGACAGGUUGUCACAAAUUUAAUAUAAUGUUCCGGAGUGGCAUUUCAAUUUGAGCUUA